UGCGCGCCCCCUGCGCCGCGCCCCCGCGCGCCCCCCGCGCCUAGCUUGCGGGGGGCCGGGCCUGCGGGCGGCCGGCGCUGCGCGCACCCAUGGACGGUCCGGCCAUCAUCACCCAGGUGACCAACCCCAAGGAGGACGAGGCCCGAUCGGCGGGCGCGGGAGAGAAAGCUUCCCAGCGCAGCGUCAGCCUGAAGAAGCAGAGGGGCCGCAGCAUCCUCAGCACCUUCUUCUGCUGCUUCCGAGACUACAAUGUGGAGGCGCCUCCGCCCAGCAGCCCCGGUGUGCUUCCGCCACUGGUGGAGGAGAACGGUGGGCUUCAGAAGGGUGACCAGAGGCAGGUCAUUCCCGUACCGAGCCCACCAGCUAAAUCCCUCCUUCCAGAGGUGACGGUGCUCGACUACGGGAAGAAAUGUGUGGUUAUUGAUCUGGACGAAACCCUGGUGCACAGUUCAUUCAAGCCCAUUAGCAAUGCUGAUUUCAUUGUUCCGGUUGAAAUCGAUGGAACUAUACACCAGGUGUACGUCCUGAAGCGCCCACACGUGGACGAGUUCCUCCAGAGGAUGGGGCAGCUCUUUGAGUGUGUGCUUUUUACUGCCAGUUUGGCCAAGUACGCAGACCCUGUAGCUGACCUCCUGGACCGCUGGGGUGUGUUCCGGGCCCGACUCUUCAGGGAAUCCUGUGUUUUCCAUCGAGGGAACUACGUGAAGGACCUGAGCCGCCUGGGACGGGAGCUGAGCAAAGUGAUCAUCGUGGACAAUUCUCCUGCCUCCUACAUCUUCCAUCCAGAGAAUGCUGUGCCUGUGCAGUCCUGGUUCGAUGACAUGACGGACACGGAGCUGCUGGACCUCAUCCCGUUCUUCGAGGGCCUGAGCAGGGAGGAUGACGUGUACAGCAUGCUACAUAGACUCUGCAGCAGGUAGCCCUGGCCUCGGGGCCUCGGGGGCCUCGGCCUGUCUUCACCUGUGCACUCUGGGGCCCCUGGCUCAGGAGCCCCUCCCGGCCUCAGCUCCUGAGAAGACUCCGUGCCCUGGGCCACGGGGUGAAUGUCGCCAUGCCUACCUGUUUUGUUUUGUUUUGUUUUUUAAAGAACAGAAACAACUAUUUUAAAGAAAAAAAGAAGAAAACUCUUUUAAUAGAUUUCAUAAAAGGACAUGCAUUUUACCAGAUUCGAUUUUCUUAAAACAUACCAAAAAGGAAAAAGAAAAAAAAAAAAAAAAAACCACGUUGGUAUCUUUCAGAUGUCCUUUCAACUGUCCUCCCUCUAAGAGACAGCCUGUCCCCUUUGUCCUGGUUUGGAGCAGCUCACCCAACUCAAGAAUCUCUUUCCUAUAGGAUGAAGUGCCUUUUUGAAUGUUAUUUUAAGCUGAGAAUUAAUUUUUGUACACAACCUAUUUCCAGACGUCUUUUACUGUCUUAGAUACCCUAAGACGACAAACAGGACAAUUUUCUAGAACCUGGUAGCUUGUGUGUGGUGGGGUGAGGGUGUGGCCAGGGAGGAAGUAGGUCACCGGAGCGACAGUCAGCCUGUGGCUUGCGCAGGGUCGCGCUCCCUCUGACAGGUUUCUGGCCAGUCCGGGAUGUAAGGGCCCGAUGCUUUAUGAAGCAUCCGAUUCCUUUCAUUAUGAUCUCUGGUGUUGAUAAGGUUUGUCUUGAGGUCGCAUUUCCCCCUUGAACGGAGACAUUAUGUCGUUCUGCUUUUCACGGCUAUCAAGUGUGUCCGUUGUUGUUUUUUUUUUUUUUUUUUUUUUUUUUUUUUUUUUUCUGUUGUCACUGGUUUGAGGAGAAUAGUUACAGAAACCCCUGAAGCCCUUGGAUUGUCCAGCCUGUCCUUUGGGAAGCCGGGUACACAUGGAGCUGUUUGGGACUUCUGCUGCUACUGUGCUACUUGCCACCAAAUGGAACUGCCCAGCGGCUGCUACACUGCUCUUUGCCAUCGUGCCUAUGCUCAGAAUACGCUCACCGCUAAACCGCAGACUGGGACAGGGUCGUAGGGGGGCGUCCCACCCCCUCAAGCCUGGCACCGACUGUCUCCCUUCCUUGGCCCUGGCCACCAAGAAUGCUGAAGGGCACAAAGGUUUUUUUUUUUUUUUAAAACAAACAAACAACAAAAAAAUAAAGAAAGGGCCAGAGAGGGCUCAGUCGGGUGUGGCAUUCUCUUCACGCUGCAGUGGACACCAGAGCCUGUGGUACAGCUCUCCAGUCUCGCUUGAGAACCUGUGGCCUCAACCAGCCCAACGCCACUCUGGUGUCGCCCAAGUCCAUCUCAUGCUCUUUGGAAGCACAGCCUCUUCUGGCCAAGGGUCGGAGAAGCCUGUCUAGUCGGGAGACUCACUGCUCCAAACCAGGAGGAAGGGCGCCUCCCGGGAGAGCCUGGCCGGGGGUCUCUUUCCCCGCUGUCCCCGUUUGGUGUUUAGCAGUGCUGUGUUUCGUCCUAAAAUUGAAGAGUCCUUUGUGCCGGCACCGUUGCCUUAGUCCUCUGUGGGUUGGGCCUCAGCCGGAUUUCUGCUGGGAGUCGUCGGCACUAACGAGACUCAAAAUCAGGGGUCAGGCUUAAAAACAAAAAGAAAUUUUCUUUCACAAAAUAAUGACGCCAGCUACCUGGCCUAUCUUCCCACAGUGCUUUGGUCUGGGAAGCCACUGUGCAUUCAGAACAGAAAUAUGUGUGUGUGUGGGGGGGGGGGUCAUCGGAUCUCCUGACUCUCUGAGUGUUCCAAGCCCAGUAAUCCCUGCGCCAAGUACAAUAGAAGCUGCCCCUUUGCUCAGAUGACCACAGAAAGCGACAGCUACGUGCUACGUGGCAGAUCCACACACGCCAUAAACCCUCAUGGAAACCAGUCGUUAGCCAAUCCCGCUGCCUUAAGAGUCUUGGGUGUCUCAGUGUCUGCCAUGGGUCGGUUUCCACAGAGAACGAGGCCUGGAUAAGAACCUCAGAUCAUCGCCUGUACCUCCUGCUGGCUGUGCUGGUGUUGCGAGCGGGCCUUAUUUGGAAAAGGGGGCAGAAUGGACUGAAAUCCCAGAAUAUUUCAGAGGACGAGAACCUAGAAAUAGUGCUUCGCUUCAGACGGGUUCGAGGCCGACCUUGGCCUUAAAGUUCUGGAGCAACAUGUGUUUGUGCUCUCGGGCACAGCUCCCAGGUGGGGAGCCCUGUUCCUGCCACCACAAACGUGGAAUGUCUUGGGUGGGCAGCAGGACCUCCAACGGUUCUGAAAUCCACACCGUAUUUGACCAAGCUCCAAAAUGCCAAUUUUUCUUUCUUUAAAAAAAAAAAAAAAAAAAAAAAAAAAUCUGCUUUAUGUAUAUAAUUGAAAAAAAUCUAUAUUUUUAAUCAGUUACUUAUAAAUGAAGCAAUAGAAUUCUAAUAAGGCCAAGAAAGGAGACGAAUGUGUGGGGUUUAUUUUCUUAAGGUAAAUAUACGGGUAUUGCUUUUAAUUUAGUUUAUUGUAAAGUGUGGGCUUGAAAACUUAUCAGCCACUUCUGUGUGCCAUAUCCUUCACACGUUACCAAAACACUCCCAUCUCCUUAGCCAAAAGAAACUUCUGGCCUCCCGAGUCCCAUGACCCUCUUAGCUGCAGGUCAGGACCACUCUCCUAAUCAAGUGCUUUUGACAAGAAGGUCUGGGACAGGAUGGCUUGGGAUUGCGGACUCCAGCCUAUACCUUUCGCAUGACUUCAAGUGGGGGCUCCCUGGGCACCCCUGACCCCUGAUGAUGUUAGUGCUCUGUCUUCCAUUUGUUCUGGAAUCCUCCGUGUUGGUCUGCCGUUCAUGCACUAGCUAUUUGUAAACAAUGCAUUGGUAUCCCAAUAGCACCGCCUGUCACCGACGGCAGUUGGUGGGGAUUCCAUUGACACGGUGCGGUGGUGAUGAGCCUGGGGACACGAGGACAUCCACAUGACACUAACUCAUCAUGGCUACAGCAUUUGAAGUUGGGGACGCAAUGAAACCUCUAGGUGUGUAUAGCCUGGCAACGUUUUACAACCCUGUGAAAGAUGGCUUUCUAAUAAAAUCUAGACACACAGCCCUGUUGGUCAAACACUCAUGACGUUUGUGCCUCGCUUCUAAUGGUGCUGGGCUGGACAGCUGGCACGCCAGGGCUUGAGAAGAGCAGGUGGCCCUACUGUGCAAACCUGCUGGCUGCCUCUGCUCCUGUCUUACUCCCAAUCUGACCGUGUCCAUCCCUGGAGCUGCCCUGAGGACAGGUACCCAGCAGUGGUGAUGUUGGUGUCUGGGGGUUGGAAGUUGUGUUUUUCUGCUGGGUGUUUGAAUGUGAUGGCCCAGCGCUGCUUGGGAAAUACUACAUGUGGGAUGUGCACGGUUCUGGGGGCAAGCAUUGUCGAUCAGUGAUUUCCCUCCCGCCAAAAAUAAACUCAUGAAACUG